AUGAAAGCCGGUGAGCGACGCCUCCUCGGGACCCAGGAGUGCGACCGCGGAGGCAGCCGCAGCUGGAGGAGGACGGGGGACAAGGAGACGCUCUCGCCCUCGGUGCUGGCCUCUGACGCAGGGAUCCAGGACACGGGAGCAACAGAUAAAUCUGCUUCAGGAAGAAAUGGUCAAGGCCAAGGCCAAUCUGCAUUAAAAGUCCUACAACAUCAGUUGGAAUCGUUUCAAGCCCUUCGAAAACAGACUUUGCAGAAUGUCAGCAUGGUUCAGUCUGAAAUCAGCGGAAUACUUAAUAAAAAUAUUGCUGAUAUGAAACGUCCUGAAUUUAAUCCAGACCCUUUACUUUUGACCAACGCGCCUGUCAGCGUUGCUAUGCCUAGAUGGUGUCAAGAAGCAUCACUUUUAAAGAACCAACUUAAUCUUGAUAAAAGUGCCACGCAGUGUCCAGAAACGAAUUCCAACAAGAUCUUUGGAGGCCCAGUUACAGAUGGAAAUGUUUCACAUCACAGUUUGUCAAAAUAUCAGUUAGCUGGAAAAGCUGAAGCCCCUGCCCAAACACUUCGAAAAACAGCUCUUCCAGCUUUUAAAAAUGACCAUGAAUUGAAUAAUUCUACUAGCGGCAUUUUUUCUCCAGAAACAGAAGCAAGAAUUGCCCUUAGUGAGAUUAAAGGCUAUGCUGGAUCUAACAUUUCCAUGGCAUCCCAUGCAGAUGAGGAUGACCAUGUUAUAGAGAGUGUGAGUUCUUCCUUCAGGGACAUGAAAGAGGAUAGUAAAAAGACUCCUAGGCAUGAACUUCCAUAUCCCUUUGAAGUUCAAAACACUUCCACUAGUUUGUAUGGUAAAGACAACGAUUCUGGUUACCUAUCAGAACAGGAUCCAACAGAAAAAGCAAUCAGUAUGUCAAGUGAGGAUUUUAAAUCCAAGAGGCCUUCCGAAUCGGAGGCUUCAGUAGACAAGCUGCUUAUUGCCACGGUUCCUUUUAAAGAAAACAAUCAGAUUGCAGCACAAUCAGAUACUGAAAGCAAGAACUGGAAUAAAGAUUUUUUUGUUAAAGGUAAAACGUUUGAGAAGUUGCAGCUAAAUUUCUUGCCCAAAACAGGAGAAGAUAUUCUGGAACACACAGAGGAGAGAAAAAAGGAGCAACAGCUGCAGCAGCUAGGCUCAAAGCAAGAGUUUAAAAAACACAAAGAUCUGGAAUACUGGGAUAUCGAUGCUGGAUUUGACAGCUACGGUAAAAAAAGUAGAUUGCUACAGAUGAUUCCAAGAGAGCCUGAAGCCUUGCAAAAAAAACUGAUGGAUCUCCAAAGUGAAAACUUCGAUCUCAAGAAACAAAUGAAGCCUCUGACUGGCAUUAUACAGUCUCUGACCGAGCAAAACUCAAAAUAUCAGAAGCAAAUUAAAGAUUUACAUGAUAAGAAAAGCAACAUUCAAGAGAGGCUAGUGAAAUCAGACAGAGAUUGCAAGGAAUGUAUUAAAGAAGUUAAAAACUUACUGAAGAAAUGCGAGGAGCUUCAAGAGCAGAAGAGAACUCUGGAAGAAAAACGGGAUCAGCUGUAUGCUCAAAACCAGCGAAUGAUGCGGAACAUGGAUAAUUUUCAGAGGAAGGAGCAGGAAGCCCAAGAAAGUCUGGCAGCUGUCACACAAGAAAAGGGUGAUCUCGUUGUAGCCUUAGGGAAUUUGGACAGUCAAAUUACACCACUUCAAGAAGAGCGUGACUUGUUAGCAGAAAAAGUAAGUCACCUCACAGAGGAAAAGAGUUUGCUUGAAAAGGAGCUUGAGGAAAAACAGAAGGAAAUACAGCAACUGAAAGAAAAUGAUAAGACCAGGAUGUCUGAGAUGGAAGCUGUCCGUGGGAUGACACAGUCACUUAAAGAGGAAAAGUUGAAACUUGAAAAGGCUUUGAAGGAGUCAACUGGCCUUAGAGAAGUCCUCCAGAAGGAGCUUGAGGAGGCCCAGAGAGAGAGAGCUAAUACUGAGGUAAAACUUCUGAACGAAUGUAAAAAUACAAGAACGGAAAGUGGAGUUUUAAAAACCAACUUGUCCAACAUGGAAAAAGAGUGUGAGAGGCUGACAGGGGUGGUAGGAGACAUGAAAGAAGACAACUGGGUUCUUAAAAAGGAACUGCUUGAAUACAAACAGGACAUUUCAGAAUACAAAGCUACAAUAAGAAAACUGAGCGAGGAACUCUUGCUGCUGGAAAAUGAAAUACGUACAAUGGAGAAUGAAAGAGAUAGGCUGAUGUUUGAAGUUAAUCGUCUCCAUAGGAAUAAUGGUAGCUUAAGAGACCAAGUCACAACUUUAUUUAAUGAACGCUAUAAGCCAAGGUACAAUUUGGGAAGCAAAAGGCCGGAUGGUGAUUCUGCACAACCCACUGAAAUUUGUGAAGAAAUGUCUAGUUUCCAGCAUAUUUCUGUAAAAUACAAUUCACCAGAAUGUGGCAGGAUUGCUGAGAUCCGAAGGAAACUGGAAGAGAAGCAGCAUCACAAGGAAAAGCGGCCCGGCAACUCCCGGCAGUGUUACGGCACCGUCUCAGUCAGCUGCACCACCUCUGUCAUCAAGGGGUCAAGCCUUCACACUGCUGUCAAGACGAAAUAUAGUACUCUCUGCCCGGCAACUUAG